UUGCUAAAACAAUAUCCAGAAAUAACAAGACCUGCCGGUGCUCCCAUUGAACCAAAACACAGUACAAAGCACCAUAUUCGCACAACUCCCGGACCACCGGUGCAUUCACGUCCACGCCGAUUAGCUCCAGAUCGCCUAAAUAUAGCAAAGAAGGAAUUUGAAGAAAUGCUAUUUAACGGAACAGCGCGCCGAUCGGAAAGCCCAUGGUCGUCCCCGCUACACCUAGCGCGAAAGAAAGAUGAUGGGUGGCGUCCGUGUGGUGACUAUCGAGCUCUUAACGCGAGAACAAUUCCUGACCGUUACCCAAUCCGACACAUCAACGACUUUGCUUACCAGCUGGCCGGAGCAAAAAUAUUUUCUAAAGUCGAUUUAAUAAAGGCUUAUAACCAAAUUCCAGUAGAGAAGAACGACAUACCCAAAACAGCCAUCACCACUCCGUUCGGCCUGUAUGAGUUCCCCUUCAUGAACUUUGGGUUAAGGAACGCAGCUCAAACGUUCCAAAGGUUCAUCGAUGAGGUUACACAGGGCAUGGACUACGUACACGGAUAUUUGGACGACAUUCUGGUAUUCUCGAAAACUGAGAAAGAACACUUAAAUCACUUACAAAAUCUGUUUGAUAGAUUCAAGAAAUACGGCAUACUUAUUAAUACAUCUAAGUGCAUAUUUGGAGUACCGGAAGUUACUUUCCUGGGUUAUCACGUGUCUUCCGAGGGAACACGACCAUUGCCCGAAAAGAUGGAAGCUAUUCACAAACUCGACCCACCUAAAACCGCUAAACAACUGCGAAGGUUCCUAGGAAUAGUCAAUUAUUAUCGGAGGUUCAUCCCUCAUGCCGCAGAAUUACAAUACCCUUUAAAUGAGGCCUUGACAGGAAAGAACAAAGGAGCCACGCCUAUAAAUAUGACUGAUAAAAUGUUGCGUGCCUUUCAUCAAUGCAAAGAAAGCCUGACUCACGCUACACUUCUGUCACAUCCAGAUGUACAGGCAGAACUAGCGUUGUUUACAGAUGCUUCAAAUGAAGCGAUCGGAGCUGUACUGCAGCAAAAAAGGCAAGAUAAAAUAUGGCAGCCUUUGGGAUUUUUCUCACGAAAGUUGUCACUACCCCAAAAGAAGUAUAGCCCUUACGAUAGGGAACUCCUAGCUAUUUACGUAGCGAUAAAACAUUUUAAAUAUAUGCUGGAAGCUAGGAACUUUGCCAUUUAUACAGACCAUAAACCAAUUUCAUACGCUUUCAAAACAAGAAGGGAUAAUUGUUCACCACGGCAAUACAGAUAUUUAGAUUAUAUAUCACAAUUCACCACAGAUAUCAGACAUAUUGCGGGUAAAGAGAACGUUGUCGCCGACGCACUUUCAAGAAUAGACGAAAUCACGGAAGCAAUAAAUUAUGAAGCCCUUGCACGAGAUCAGGAGAUCGACCUUGAACUGCAAGGUUUACUGAAAAACGGGACAGGUCUUAGAAUAGAGAAAUUACCAAAUAGCAAUCUCUAUUGCGACGUAUCAACUGGAAAAAAUCGUCCUUACAUUACGCCAAAGUUCCGUAAACAAGUCUUUCAAAAGAUGCAUGAACUAAGUCACCCAGGCACCGCAGCAACGACUAAGCUAAUCACAGAAAGAUUUGUGUGGCCUCGUAUAAAACGUGACUGCAAAAUUUGGACCAAACAGUGCACAGAUUGCCAACUAUCUAAAGUAACCCGUCACACUUCCGCUCCAUUGUCCAAUUUCCCCAUUCCUUCAAAACGUUUUUCCCAAGUCCACAUUGACUUAAUUGGCCCUUUGCCAUAUUGUAAUGGUUUCAGGUACUGCUUAACUGCUAUCGACCGUUUCACUCGCUGGCCAGAGGUCUACCCAUUACCAGACAUAACUGCUGAGUCUUGCGCCAAAGCUUUCGUCCCCGGCUGGGUGUCACGUUUUGGCUGCCCGGAAACAAUAAUUACGGACAGAGGUCAGCAAUUUCAGUCACAUCUUUUUCAAAGCCUGACAAAACUCAUUGGCUCAGAACACCGCCCCACCACGUCAUACCAUCCACAGUGCAAUGGAAUGGUGGAGAGGCUUCAUCGCCAACUAAAAGCAGCAAUCACAUGUCGCAACACACCUCAAUGGACUGAAGCACUUCCAUUAGUGCUCUUGGGAAUGCGUGCAGCGUGGAAAGAAGACCUAACCGCGUCGGCAGCAGAAAUUGUAUAUGGUGAACCUAUUAGACUACCAGGAGAAUUCUUCAUGCCAUCAACGAAGCUAACCUCAGAUCCGUCAGACUACGUUGAACGCCUGCGUAGACAUACUGUCGAUUUGGCUCCAGUACCAGCGUCAAACCAUAAUAAAAAUAAAUCAUUUUAUUUACCUAAAGACUUCUGGACAUCCAAAUUCAUAUUUCUGCGCCGUGGCCCAGAGAAACGACCGCUACAAUCGCCAUAUACAGGACCAUACAAAGUCGUGGCUCGAGGCACUAAAACAUUUAAAAUACUAAUACAAGGUAAAGAAACCACUGUUACAGUAGACAGAAUUAAACCAGCAUACCUGGCGACACACGACAUCCUCGACGAUAAGAAGGAUCAGGCUCCAAUGAUGACUACCUUACCUGAACGCCCGCGCCCCUUACAGCUAUCAACAGAAAAGAAGACGCGAAGUGGGAGAACUGUCCGAUUCCCGGACUACUAUCGACCGUAA